UGUCAAGAGUCUGUGCUCUCUUCUCAUUGCAGCGUUGCACGAGUGCGCCCACCCAGCAGCCAUGAUCCUUGUCUAGAUCUCUAGCUACCUAUAAAGAUCCUUUUCACCUUCUUUGGUCCAUAUGCAUACAACAUAUAUACACGGUCGAUCGAUCGGUGGACCAGCUAGCGCCAUUGUUGCCCCUCUCUGAAGAUCAGCUGUGGCCUCCACACAUGCAUCUACUAGUAGUAAGUUGAAAAGGUUGUGUGCUUGAUUUCAGUUCAGAAGACAUCGAGCUAGCUUGCAACCAGGCAGGAAGGUAGAUGCUAGCAAUGGACCAGCACCAUCAGCAGGAGGAGUCGUGUGUUCCACCGGGAUUCAGAUUCCAUCCCACAGAGGAGGAGCUGGUGGGGUACUACCUGGCCAGGAAGGUGGCCGCCCAAACGAUCGACCUCGACAUCAUCCAGGAGGUUGAUCUCUACAGGAUCGAGCCAUGGGACCUCCAAGAGAGGUGCGGCGGCGCGGGAGGGCGGGGAGCGCGUCAGGUGGCGGAGGACGAGCAGUCAUCAUCGGAGUGGUACUUCUUCAGCUUCAAGGACCGCAAGUAUCCAAGCGGCACGCGCACCAACCGCGCCACCGCGGCGGGGUUCUGGAAGGCCACCGGCAGGGACAAGCCGGUGAUGUCGUCGCGGAGCCGCGGCGUGAUCGGCAUGAGGAAGACGCUUGUUUUCUACAGGGGCCGUGCACCCAACGGUAGGAAGACCGACUGGAUCAUCCAUGAGUACCGCCUCCAGACCAGCGAGCAUGCGCCCACACAGGAGGAAGGUUGGGUGGUGUGCCGGGCGUUCCAGAAGCCGGCGCCGAACCAAAAGCCGUCCUACAUCUUCCCCGCAUACGCUACCACUCCGGGCCUCGGGAGCUACUACGACGCGAGGCCAUGGCUGCACAGCCAAGUCGGCGGUGACCUCUAUUACCUGCAGAGCGCCACUGGCGCUGCCGGGCCCGGCGGCCUCGGCUUCCCGAGCCAGGACGUCAAGUACUCCUCCGAGGACCUGCUGGACUCCAAGCAGAGUCUCUUCGGCAAUAUCCCACAGCUCAUUGAGAGCCCGCCGCCGACCGCCCUUCUAGGCUGCGGCGACGAUGCCGUCCUCCAGCCACAGGGUCCGGGACAUGCGGUGACCGGCAUCGACUGGAACUUCCUGGACAGCUUGCUGUCCACGUCACAGCUCCACGAAUACUCUGCCACUGCUGCAUCACAUCUGCACCUUGAGCAGUGAAGUAGAUCGAGUUAGCAGACAUACCGUAGAAGCAUCGAUUUCAUUGUAUACAUGAUUUCAUCGUAGAUGAUGUCCGGGACACUUGGUUGACACUUGUACCUAGACUAGUUUGUUGA